AGAUUGAAUGUGGGAAAUUUGAAGAUGGCGAAAAGAAAGGGAAAAGAGGAGGACAGGUUGUCGUGUACUUUCGUUUUCGAUGGCACAUUGCAUUCAAGAGUACGAGGAUCACUGGUUAUUGAGCUUAUCAAGUAUCUUCUUUACGAAAGACAACAGAUCCCUCUGCCAAUCGACUACGUGAAGCAGGAACUGAAAAAACUCUCAGAAAGUCGUCCUGAAAACGAUCAACAGAAUGGCACAAGAAAACCAAAAAGUCGACAAUUAAACAAAUUAGAGAUGAAAAGAGCCACAAAUACAGUGAAGAAUUUAGAUGAGCUAUCAUUGCAUGUGCUGCAAGUUUUUGAGGUGUGUCCGGAGAUCCAUCAAGUUCUACUGAUGUUUGGAGGAACAUCUGUAAGUCCAAAGGAAUCAUAUCUGGUUAAUCUACCAGGGAUUAACCCAGAAGCAGAAGGUCUCCCUCUGAAAACUUGUGUUAGAUCCUUGUACAGACAGCUUGUAUCACAAGACAUAAUGGGUAGCUCUAAGCAAAUCGGACCAACAUGUUUGAGGGUGUUACUUCAUGCCCCAAGGGAUUCAGGAGUAGAAUGGUUCCUUCCCAAACCAACAUUCAGAGUACCAAUGAGGGGAAAGCAAUAUGUUUUGAAUAUUAGUGGCAAACAUUCACCGUCCUACAGUCAAAAUAUCACUAAAGAUGAAUAUGAGAUAGAAAUAUCAGGAAUUGAACCAUUGGAAUGUUCCAAUAUGAGUAUACCUCUUGAAGAUGGCAUUGAUGACACUCUGUCAUUCUUUUCGAACAAAUGGCUUCAUGAUAGCACAGACAGUUACAAUAAUCAGUCCGAGGACAGUGUGUUAACAAACGGUACACCCUCGACGGACGUGAUCACUCAAAGUGUUGAAAACAUGCAGUUUAAUGAUGACCUAGGUCAAAGUGCAGAUGAACAGUUAUUCACGUCGAAAGAAGAACAAUACAUGUGGUUCCAGGCACCACUUGUGGUGAAAGGAUACAAAGACAGGACUUCAAGGCAGGCCUCCAUGACUGAUGGCUUGAUGUAAAUUGUAGUGUUGGCCAUAUACAAUAUUCAACAUUAAGAUAUAAAGAACAGUGUUGGAUGCAAACACUUGUAUACUACUUAUAACAUAUGUAUAUCUAUUUAAGUUGUGACAGAAUUCAAAAGUACUAGCUAGUGUUUGCAAGAUAUGAUAUUCAUAUACUGAAGUAGGACAUCAGAAUUGUGUCAGAUUCUGAUUGUGAUAUGAUUUUAUGAUUUUAAUGUAGUGUUGAUAAGAUAUAUAAAACGAAAACCACUAUAAAUAUCAUGACUAAUAAUUUUGAAGGGAAUUCUACUGAUGACAGAAUAAUGAAACGAGGCAUUUAUAAAGACUGCAAUCACUGAUGGUUUAACUGAUUUGAUGUAAAAUGUAUUAAUGACAGAUUUUGAAACCCUGACAUCAAAACAUUCCUUGUGACUGUUGUUUUGUAUUGGUGUCAAUUCUGUGUCCAUGACAGAUUAUGAAAACCUGGUUAAAGUGUCAAUUCCUUGUCUAUGACAGAUUCUGAAAACCUGGCACUCUGUGACUGUUGGUUUGAUUUGAAAUUGUAUAGGUGGCAUGACCUUGAUACAAGGCACCAAUUCAGGUCACUAUGACUGUUGGAUGCUAAUGGAUAAGUAUAAAUACUCACAGGAUAUUCUGUUACAAUGAACAUAGGUCAUCUAUGACUGUUGAUUUUAUCAGUCGAUGUAAUUUGUUCAGAUUUAAGACGCUACCAUCAUGACUGACAGUACUGGUUUUUUAGUGGAAAUUCAUCUACAUUUUCUUGUGGCACAAGCAACCAGGCAGGCCUCUUGAUAUAUAUUUUCCAGAAAACAGCAUUGGUGACAGGAUUAAUAGCUCUUCAGUAAAAUAGGAAAAAUAUACAUCUAAAUAUGUAUAUAUAAUAUUGAAGACAUAGUGUGCAAGAUGUAUUAAAGCAGUCACCAACUGUGUAAGUGUUUCUGUUUUAGUUUCUGAUCUAUCCUCCUUAAUACUCUUGGGGUUACAUUCACUUUUGCUCCCUACACCCCCGGAUGGGAAGCCUAUAUAUAUGAAGGUGACAUAACUAUAUAUAGAUGGCAGGAAAAAGAAACCUGAAAAAACUCAAAACUCAUUCUUUUCUUUUGAAUAUAACAGAGAAGCGACAUUCCAUUCAACGUAUGAUAAAAUAUUCUGUAUGAUAUGCUUGAUGUCAUGCAUCAAUUGAUCAAAGUAGUCUUUUCUUAUCAACAGGAUUGAAUAUAACCCGAGGGUCUCCUGGAGUAUCAAGGAUUUAUUAUUUGUGUAUAUUUUUAAUCUCACCAUGAACAACUGACAUCAGCUUGGCCUCUAAACACUGGAUCUGAGUUUGACAAUUUGUAGCUCGUAAUUAUCAAUACACAUGUUAAAUAAAUGCAAUAGUAUAU